AAAAUUAUAAACAAAAAGAAAUUUUCUGCAACCAUCUCCAAAAAAAUUUGCGAUUGCAUUAGCUAUCAAUUUACUGGUUAUAAGCAGGCAUAUAUACCAAUACAAUGACAGAUGAGAAACCAAAGAGGAUAAAGGUGACGGCAUUAUGUGAGUUAUGUCAUGCUCGAAAAGCCGUUAUGAAAAGACCUAAAAAUUUACAAAAAUUAUGUAAAGAAUGCUUUUAUAAUGUAUUUGAAACUGAGAUUCAUAAUACAAUUACUAAUGCUAAAUUAUUUCAAUCAGGUGAUAAAGUAGCUAUUGGAGCUUCUGGUGGGAAAGAUUCUACAGUAUUGGCUUCAGUAUUAAAAACAUUAAAUGAAAGAUAUAAUUAUGGAUUAGAAUUAGUAUUAUUAUCUAUUGAUGAAGGAAUUGUAGGUUAUAGAGAUGACUCAUUAGCUACCGUAAAGAGAAAUCAAAUUCAAUAUAAAAUGCCAUUAGAAAUUAUAUCAUAUAAACAGUUAUAUGAUUGGACUAUGGAUGAAAUUGUAUCUUGUGCAGGUAUACGAUCUUCAUGUACAUAUUGUGGAGUAUUAAGAAGACAAGCGUUAGAUAGAGGAGCAGCUAAACUUGGAAUUAAUCAUGUUGUAACUGGUCAUAAUGCUGAUGAUAUGGCAGAAACUGUAUUAAUGAAUUUAUUAAGAGGUGAUGUAGCAAGAUUAGAAAAAUCUACUACUAUUGUAACUCAAUCAAGUGGUUCACCAAUUAAAAGAUCAAAACCAUUUAAAUAUACUUAUCAAAAGGAAAUUGUAUUAUAUGCCCAUUAUAAGAAAUUGGAUUAUUUUUCAACUGAAUGUACUUAUGCACCAGAAGCAUUCAGAGGAACAGCUAGAGAAUUAUUAAAAUCAUUAGAAGCAGUUAGACCUUCUUGUAUUAUGGAUAUAAUUUAUAGUGGAGAACAUUUAGUAUUAGCUCCAAAGAAGAAGAAAGUUACAACUCAAUAUAAGAAUAAAAAGAAAUUAACCGAACAACAACAAGAAGAAAUGGAAAUUAAUCCUGAUGGAUCAGUAUCAUUAAAAUCAAAGAAACAGGAAUUCAAAGAUGGUAAUAGAUGUGAGAAAUGUGGUUAUUUAUCUUCAAAUAAGAUUUGUAAAGCCUGUGUAUUAUUAGCAGGAUUAGAAAUGAAUAGAGCUAAAGUUACUAUUGAUAAUAAUACAGCUGUAGAUGGUGCAGCUAAACUAACAAAGACUUUAGAACAAUUAAGUUUUUAAAUAGAAAUAUAAUUUAUUUAGGGGAU